GCUCAGGGUCAGCGAAUAAGGUGGUGGUAGCUGGCGGCUUCGGCCGUCCCCGCUGCCCGCCACGCUUUGUCCCAGCGGAUCCUCGCCUCGGGCGGCAGCGGGCCCGCUCAAAGCCUUCAUCUGUGUUAGAACUGCAGUAGCCAGGACAGUCAGUAGAGCUGAAGCUGUAAGAUGCUGAGGACUUGAUAUUUGCAAGUUCCUUGCCUUGACAGUAAUCAUCAUGGAUAGUGUGUUCUUAACAGAGGACAAAGCCAAUUCUGUGUUAAAAAGAUACCCGAGAGCCAACACAUUCUUGGAAGAAUUAAAGCAAGGUGACAUAGAACAUGAAUGCAGAGAAGAAAUCUGUAGCUAUGAAGAAGCAAGAGAAGCAUUUGAAAAUGAGGAAAAAACGAAGGAGUUCUGGAAAGGCUACAAAAACGAACUUCAGGGAGAAAGUAACACAGGACAUACCUGGUAUUCAUUUUACCUUGCAUUUCCAUUAAUCAUUGGCCUUUUCAUUAUCCUCAUUGUCAUUUUUGUCAUAUGGAGGUGCCUGUUUAAAAAGAAAAUGCGUAGACAGUCGGUGUACAUGCCUAGGGGAGCCCACGAAGCAAUGGGUGAUGGUGCUGUGGCUGAUGGCAGAGGUCCUCUUCCGCCGCCUCUCAGCAUUGUUCAUUCCCCGCAGGAGGAAAUGUAUGAAGUCAGUGGGCUCUCUCCAGGAGAUCUGAGCUAUACGGAUGGAUGUUCAGACUCAAUAUCCACAAGGCUCUCAAACUGUGAUCCUCCUCCUUCAUAUGAGGAAGCCACUGGUGAAAUCACUAUGAGAAGAAGUGAAACUGAACAACAUAUAGAUCCCCCCCCAAAUUAUGAAGACAUUGUGAAUUGUAAUUCAGCCGGUGCAAUUGCACUAUCUCCUAUUGUCACCAGUACUAAGUAAAGCAAGAAGAACGCUACGGACUUUUUAAAAAUUACUAAUCAUUUUUUAGCACUUUAUCUUGGCUUAUUAUGUGUUUCUGUAAUUUAAUGGUCAUGUAUGAUGAACUUCACUUUGUGUUUAGGUCCACUUUUCUUUGGGUUUGGGAUUUUUUUCCCUUUUGGCGGGUCUUAAAAAUUAAGGACUCUGUAUUGAGCGUGUAGUGCAGAUACAAAUGUGGUGCUCUGUCAUAUUUCUCAAAAGCAGCUCUGAUGAGGAUGGCACUUACUUUAGUCCACAUUCCCCACAAGAUUUAUGGAAUCUCCCUUUCCUUUCUUACUGCAGGAUGUCAGAAUUGCGUGAAAUAGGGAAUCCUUAAGCAGCAUUUUAGACAGCUAUUUACACUAAACGGGACUGAUUUUGCAGUAUUGCCUUUUGUCCAGUUGGUUCCUUUUUCUCACUUGGAUUUUUGUUACAGUUUGCACCCUAUCAUGGGCCUUUGGAAAGAUGACAGCAGUAAGCCUUUGUUUUCAAACCAGUAUCUCAUUAAGAGCAUGCUGGUGUAAUAGCAAUAAUUUCAGAGUCCUAGCACAAGAGGUGUAUUCUAAAGUUUUUGCUAUUACAACUUAAAAUUCUGUAAAUGUUUAGAAGCUAACAAUCCAAGACACUGCUUAGUGAAUUUAAUACUUUUGUCCAUGCUCUGACUUUCCUCUCUGUUUUCCUAUGUUUUUACUUGUGUAUUGUAGAGGUGAGGAGUGUGUGUAUGUUAAGUUUAGAACUUGAAAGUUCAUGCAACAAUAAAUAAUGAAAUACUGAAAUACGUGAGUGGAUAAAAUCCUGAUAGUAGUCUUCCUACCAUAGUCUUCAGUGGGACCUGGAUAUUAUCCAUAAACUCAGAAACUCGUAGAUAUUACGUUCCUUCUAAAAGGGGGAAAAAAGGAAAAACAUUCAGUGUAUGUGUGUGACUUUUUUUUCUCCCCCCAGAUGUGAAAUAAAAACCUCUUCCUCAAAUCCUGAUACUCUUGCCUUUUGCAUACUUACAUGUGGCAUGUGUGCACCUUACCUUGGUUGCUAUGGAAAUCCUUUGCAGACAGCGUAACCAUUUUUUCAACAACAAAUAUAUAUAUUGCUUAUCAAUUCCAACAAGGUGCUUCUGUUGCAAGAGUUAACUAUAAGGAAAUACCACUACUUAAAUUUUUCAUUGUUUCUAAGAACAGCGUAGUGCUUUGAUUGAUGACAUGAACUCCGAAAACGCACUCCCUUCUCAGUGUACACAAGCCUUUUUUUCCACAGCUCUGAGGUUACAGGUGCUCAUCAGAGUUGCUGGGAAGCAUGUUAGUCGAGCCUGGCUCCAGAAGUUACUGCCUGACUCAUUCCAGCUUUGAGCAUGGGGCCCACCUGAUAAGGCAGAACCAGGAGGACCCAUGGUGUGUAUUUUUAAGAACACAAUGUAGACAUAGCCCCAAGUGUUAGUCUGGAGUGACUUUUUGAGGCUGAAGACAAGUGGAUUUCUGUCAGACUUGAUGCAAGUUAGAAUGGAGGUUUGUACAGAAUUUCAACCACCUGAUUUAGAUACUGAUGAUAGUUAAGGUGGUACAAGCUGUAGUGUGGCAAUUUUUUUUCCCAUCUUGAUUUAAAAGUUCAUUGCUUGGUUUAGCUUCUGAAUACUCAUUUCAGUUGUUUUUUUUUCCCAUGCCAAUGUAGCUGGCAUUAGCUUUAGUACUGUUCUGUGUUCUACUAAUGAAUUAUCACCAACUGAAAUGUAUGAGACUUGAAGGUCUACUGUGUUGACUUUCCUACAGCAGAAGCCCAAACUGCAUCUUGUUCAAAAGACCCCAGAUGAAAGGCCGGUGCCAUCCAUUUGAAAUUGCUGUUAUUGUCCAAGAUGUAUGCUGGUGUCUUCUGUCUCAUGGGGGCUUGGUCCAUCUUCCCUAAGAAAUUUUACAGAAAGCUGCUGAAAAGAAAUGUAUGGUUAUAGAUGGGUGUGUAUAUGCACAAUUCUGUAAGAAUCUGAUGUGAUGUAUUGACAAAUGAAGUAAGGAUUUUAUGAUUAAUUUUAGUUCUCAAUUUUGAUGAAGAGUAGAUUGCCUACUGUGGACAUUCAGUGGCUAAGAUGAACUCCAGGCCAAACCAUUGUCAAAAACUUAACCUAUAUUUCUUUUAUAUGAUAGUUAUUGGGCAGAUAAGUGCGAUGUUUUGGACACUUGCAGUAAGAAUUGGCUGGGUCUUAAUUUUGGACUUUCUGACCUUUUCUUUUGAAGUGGUUUUAGCUCUUGUGUGUCCUGAAUUGCCACUUGUAGAAGUUAAAGCUCCUUUUAUACUGAGCAACAGUUAAUAUACUGCUUUAAGCAGAUGUUACCAAAACAGUGCCUCAUCUCAACAUGCAGGAACCACCUCAAAAAGAGCUGGUAUUUCAAUGUCCAUGCCAUAUUGGCAUCUCCUGUGCCUACCAGCACAGCUAGUAGUUUUACCAGUUUGGAUAUAGACUUUCCUGUAGGAAAUGCAUGGAGAUUGCCCAUUUCAGAUUAGGUUAUUCAGCAGACAUCAUUGUCCCCUGAACAUGGGCAAUCUAGUUUAGAGAUGAGCUGGCUUUGCUUUCUCUUCUGUUUUAAUUACUGUGUAUUCCACUGCCACUUUUAAAUGGUUUUAUGUUUCUGGGUCCGAAGUCGAACAUGUUGUUUUUAUGUGCAGUGCAAUAAUGAUGCUCAUCCUUCAAAAAAAGCCACAACCAAAUAUCUAAAGUGAUCUACAAGUGUAAUUUAUUAGGUUAUGCCUUUUCCAUGUACAUGAGCAUGAAAGCCAUUGUGGGCUAUAAGCUUAUGUGUUGGUGAAUAGAUUUCAUAAUUAAACAAAACUUGUGUAGGACGGCUAUCCAAAUAUAUUUUCUCUAAGACGUGAACAGCUUUCUCCAUGUUGGAAUAAUGUCAAACUACAAAUUGUUUUGUUCUUAUUUAUGAAAUGUGGGAAAAUAGCUUAGUGUUGCACCUGGCUUUUCUAAUCUGAUUGAAAAAUAAAACUUCAUUUGUACUGGGUA